AUGUUGCCCCAACUCUCUUUUCUCUUGGCUCUGCCCCUGUUGGCGAUCGCCGUUCCUUCACCAGCGCCCCUCGAGCACAGCAAGAGGGCCAUAACUUGCCUGAAGGUCGGGGCUACUGCAACCGCCAGAUGGACGAACAGUGCCGGCAAAUCAUGCACUUUCACCGGCGUGGUCGGUAGCAACUAUGGCACUAACCCUUCCGGCUCCGGAGACUACUCUUGCAACGGUCGCUGCGGUGCUGGCUGCACUGGAGCUUCUUUGGGCAAUGCGUACACUCAAGACUGCUUCUCUCAUGACAUCUGCUCCUACUUCAACAGCGCUAGCGGCGGUGCAAGCGAUCCCAACUGCGGUGCUGCCUACAAUGCUGCGGUUGAUGAUACCACCCUCGGCGUUGUGAAUGGUUGCGGACAGACGAACCCGUCCAACGCCGUAUCCAAGCCUUCCACGAGCCCUUACUAG